GCGGAACCAAAUGAAAACAUGGUGGUGUUACUGAACAGGCUGCCUGCCUCAGAUUGUCUAAAACUUUGUCACAGGGUGGUGGAUGGACUGUGCGGGCGGGAGCCUCCUCGCAGGGCGGACUACGGCACCACCUGGAGCUUGGAGGAGUGGCUGGAGCUGCUCAGCUCCCUGACCGGCCUGUUCCGCCUGACGGUUGGAAACAACAGCUCAGAUGAACAGGUGCUGGCCGGGCUGGCAGAUGUGGGCAGCAGCCACGCUGAGGCGGUGCUGAGUGUGCUUAGAGCCAGACGGGAGGAGAUCCGCGACGCUCUGCUGGACAGAACCAACUCCAUCUCCUCUGCCACGCUGCAGGACUUUGACUGGCAACUGAAGUUAGCUCUGUCCAGUGAUAAGAUCUCGUCCCUCCACACUCCUCUGCUCAGUCUCAGUCUGGACGUGAGGGAGAACACGGCGCUCCGCACCGUCACCAUGGAGAUGAACAGAGAGGAGUUAAACACACUCAUCAGUUCACUAGAGGCUGCUAAUAAGGUGGUGCUGCAGUUGAAAUGAUGGACAGAUUGUGGACGAUUGACCCCAUCGAAGCCCACAACUACAUGAUGUCCACUGAAUGUUUUGUCAUGGAAAAGUGUCAAAGAUUUCCUGCCAUGAUUUAGUGUUUUGGAGACAUAAUGUGACAGUUUUUUUUAGACUUAAAAAUGUUUGUUUUUGAGCAGCAUAACACUUUGUUUUUGCAAUGUACUGUGUGGUAUCAUUAACAUGUCAAAGUAAACAUUCCUUUGCCUUUUGA